AUGGCCGUCCUCUCCGUCACUUCCAGCCGCGGCAGGAGCUACUCACCCACCUCGACCCUCCCCACCGACCCCCUCUCCAUCAUCCAACACGCCCUCGCCAGCGGCCAAGGCGCCCAACUCAUCGAGCUCCUCGCCUCUCAGCUGAAGACCAACCAAUUCAUCGGCCAGCCCACAGCGGUGCCGCAUGAUUUCGAUCUCUCCCACGGCUCCCACGAGGUCAUGUACGUGACUUUCCGCAUGGGCCCGCGCAAGGAGGUGGUCUUCAAGAUUGGGCCGGACACGAUCAUGAGACAUGAGAUUGAUUGCUGUUUGGAGAUGUGGAGAUAUGAUGAUGGGCGUAGAUACAUGGCUUGGGAGCUGUUCUUCUACUUGCCUUGCAAUACGAGGAUUGAUUACUACAAGCCUUUGGCGGCGAAGGAGCUGGGGGUUGAGAACCAUGACUUGAUUGACGUGUUCAGUGAGUCGCACGGCGGAUAG